AUGGAGCGCCAGGAGGCCAUGGACAGCACCUUCGUGCUCUCCAACAUGUGCCCCCAGGUUGGCGAGGGCUUCAACCGCGACUACUGGGCCCAUUUCGAGGAGUUCUGUCGCGACCUCACCCGGCACUACCCCUCGGUGCGCAUCGUCACCGGGCCGCUCUAUCUUCCCAAGAGGGACCCCCGCGACGGGAAGUGGCGCGUCAGCUACGAGGUCAUCGGCUCGCCGCCCAACGUGGCCGUGCCCACGCAUUUCUACAAGGUCAUCUACGGCGAGGAGUCGAGUGCGCACAGUCCGACGGCCAAGGUGGCGCUGGGGGCGUUUGUGUUGCCGAAUGCCGAAAUCCCAAACGAGAAGUCCCUGGCCGACUUUGAGGUCCCGGUCGAGGCCGUGGAGAGGGCAAGUGGCUUGACUUUUGCUGAGAAACUGCCAAUCGAGAGGAGGAAACGGCUGUGUCAAGAGGUGAGGUGUGAGAUCUUGGUUAGGGAGUUUGACAGGGAGAGGAGCUUGCAGCAGGGACAGCAGAGGGGAGGGACUUGGCCGAGACUGGCAAGGUAA